GAUGGAGGCAUUUCAAAUGUGGAAGCCAAACAAUAUCACCUUGCAGCCCCCAUAAGCUUCACUCAGGCCACUCAUCAUCAUCGUUGCAAACUGCAUCUGGUUCAACUUUCACAUCAGGCAUUAUAGUCUGUUUGAAACAGAUUUCUCGUUUACCUACUGGUGCCUGUCGCUCAGAUCCUGAAGCAACCAUCGUUCAAGCGAAAGCGGCGAAUCUCAUUGGGUCUAGCCCCCUUUGAAGACUUAAAAAUAAAACAAACAAAAAAUUAUCCCGGGGCAGAAAAAUCGACCAUCGCAGUGAAAAACGAUGACGCAAGUGACCGGGACUUUUCUUCUCUUCAUCCUCAUUUCUUCUGCGACAAUUUUGGGCUCUCCGAUACCCUCUACGUCCAACCGAUUAGAGCGUCGUUUCAGCGGAAAGGCUACCUGGUUUAAGCCCAACAUUGGUGCUUGCGGAGAUACCAAUUCAAAGGCUGAUUACAUUGUCGCCAUGAAUGAAGAACAAUAUGGAGACGGCCAACUCUGUCAUAAGUCUGUUCACAUUGUCAAUGAGGCCAGCGGGAAAUCGGUUGUCGCCAAAGUCACGGACAAGUGCCCAGGGUGUGACUACGGCUCCUUAGACUUAUCCCCUGCUGUAUUCAAAGAGUUGGGUGAGCUUAGAACAGGAAUUUUACCAAUCACUUGGGAUUUGAUGUAAGAAUAGUAUGGUACCGGUUGCCAUAUGGUUGUGACAAUUUCCCACUGAGCCUCUUUUUUGCUGGAGUCUAUGAUACUACAAAAAAAUCAAGAAAGAUUGUAAAAGGUGUACUCGCCCUGAUAGAACUUGAGUUGAACUUGUACAAUUAAAAAGUUUAACAUUAAACCUCAAACCGUCUCAUUUUCCACAGGUACCGCUACUAGCGAUGUCGCAAGAGACAUUCAUUCUCCUACUGACCCUGGGCUUGGGGGAAACUGCAACCUUUUGCCCCCUCUUUUUAUAAUAUUUUCAUUCUUUUGUUCCGGUUCCUCCCCCUCCAUGCUUCUCAAUUUUCGGCUUUUCUUUCACUUCUUCUUUGACUUUUCCUUCCUCAUCCGUUCACCAAGGGCAUGGCCUUUUGGAUCAUUUCAACAUUUCCUCUUUUAUCCUCAGUUCACCAAGGGCAUUGCCUUUUGAAUCAUUUUGACACUGCCUCUCGAUUGUUCACCAAAGUCAUUGCCUCUUGCUCAUUUCGACACUGCAUCUUUUUAGGCAACAAAUGUUUGAAAUCCAUAAUAAAAUAUUUCUGAACAAUUUCUCUUCUUGCGUUUGUACCUCAUCCAUCUUGUGCAUUUAAUUCCUUUUGCGUGA